AUGAGUUCGACUCGAUCGGACGCUGGACCCAGCAGAGGAGCACAGACGGCGGGACGGGCAGUGGGAAAGCCUGCACGGCUGGCGAGGAGUAGGGCAGCAUGCGCCGAGUGCCACAAGGCCAAGCAACGCUGCGACGGCCCACCCGGACCCUGUCAUCGCUGCAAGACUUGGGGCGUCGACUGUGUCUUUCCCUCAGCCGCCGGUCCAGCACCCUCCAAAACGAACCUCUCGCGCUCCAGCACGCCGCCAGUCCGCCAGACAAGCCGGCAUGCGACGCCCGCCCAACCUCCCGCUCCCGCUCCUGUUCCUCCCCCGCCCGCACAACCUGCCGUACACUCCGCGCCGGCCCCGGAUGUCGCAGAACAGCUGCGACUCAUGAACGAGCGACUCGCGAGCCUCGAGUCGGCUCUUGCUCGCGCCUCCACCCUCUCUUCACCCGCCUCGACCUCCGGCCCUCACGGUCCUGUCUUAUCCAUACCUGUCGACCAGGCGCACCGACAUGCCCUGCAUGCUGGAGCGUCGCAGGCCGGUUCUGCGUCGUCCCCCAUGACUGGCGUGACUCCCGCCUCGCUCAACGAUACCCAGCACGACGGAGUCGGAGCGAACGCGGUCGAGACGGCGGGAGAAGCGAUGGCUAUCGAAGGAUUGGUCGACUUGGGAUCUGCGCAGGGGCGCAAUGGCGAUCAUGCGAACGGGGCGGCGGGAGACGGAGUUGCGGGUCAUGCGUGGGACAGCGUCAAGCCGGAUGUGCUAGGUCGGGGGAUUAUGACUGUCGAGGAGUGUGAAGCAGAGUUUGACUUAUUCUUUAACAAUAUCCAGCCCUGGGCAGGCUUGCUCUCGACUACGCUCGAUCGACAACCCCUCGUCGUCCGCGAGCGCUCCCCCCUUCUCUUCCACGCCAUUCUCGUCACGACGCUCUACUACCGUCCCCGCACUCCCGCCACAAUGAUCCUCUAUCGCGCCGUCGCCUCCAUCCUCGACUCGAUCCUCGCGCCGCAGAUCCUCUGCCCGCAACCGGACCAACUCUCGUUCGACUUUGUCCGCGCUGUCCAGCUUCUUAUCCUCUACAAGCCGGUACAAUUUUCGGCGCUGCAUGCGAGGGGCAUGAGCGACCCGGCGCAAAUCGAGUCGGCGAGCAAGAUCAACGUGCGGGCGUCGUGGAUGCUGAGGCUGCUUGUCUCGCGCGUGUCGGCGUUCAUUGGUCUCCCCUCGAUCGCGACGACCUUCGCCCAAGCCUUUGCGAAUCAGCACGUCCAGGCUAUCCCCGAAGAGAUCAUCUCGCAAGAGCGUCUCUAUCUCGGCUGUGUCUUCCACGAGUCGCACGGCGCGAUUCAGUCGGGCAAGUCGGCCAACUUUACGCCUCAAGACGCUUGCAAGACGACCCGGCUGUUUGCGACGCUCAAACGACAGCCCUCGGACGUCCGCCUCGCCGCCUCUGUCGAGCUUGUCGCCCUCGCCGCGACCGCACUCAGCGCCCGCACCGAAGCGGGCAUCCUCGAAAACGAAGAUCUGCGCAAGUUCGAUGAAGAGAUGGACGCCUGGGUCGAAUACUGGGCUCCGCUCGUCUCAUUCGCCUCGAACGAGUCGGGCGGCGAAGACAUGAUUGCGUGGAGCGUCUUCUACCCGUACAUGUGCUUCACAAGGCUCACGGUGCGAGGGUUCGCGUUCAACAAGUGGAAGGCGGAGCGGAAGGCGAGGGCUUUGGCGGCGCGGUCGCAAGAAGCUGGGACGGACGGGGCAAAGACGCCGACUGCGCCGACGCUCGGGGCGGAGGAGCGCGAGAGUAUCGCCAAGGCGGUCGAGGUCGCGGAGGAGAUGAUGUUCGCGGUCGCGCUCGAGGGAAGGUUGCUAAGGACGGACAUGAGCAGGAGAAGGGGCGGAAAGGUCGAGUGGAAGAGCGGGCCGAGACCGCUCACGCCCGAUCCUCAAGUCGUCGAGACACUUAAGUGGGCUUCUGACAGCCUGACCUGCGUCAUGUUCAGCUAUCCGCUCAUCUUCCUUGCUAAGCUCGCCAACGAAGGCCUGCUCCGCUCCGACCUUACCGUCAUCGCAGCCGGCUCGUCGCCUCUCCCGCCGACUCCCAUGUCGCCCGAAGACAAGCUCUGCCGCCUGUUCCAGCUUGGCGCCGACUUGCUUGACGCGAUUGCGCCCAACCCGCACCACCCGUCCGUCCGUCAAGCCGCCUUCCUCCGCAAAGUGUGGGACGCCGGGAUCAGCGGACGACGGCAAGCGACGAGCGCACCGUCCAGUCCACGACUCGUCCCGUCCGGCGCGGCAGCAGUUCCCUCCUUCCAAGCGCUCUCGCAGCAGCUCCACCAGGCUCAGCAGCAGCAACAGCAGCAGCAAGCGCGACCAACUACCCUCGCUCCUCCCGUCUUCCCUCCUUUUGCACCUGCUCGUCCCGCCGCGCCGCAAUCGCAUACUUCGUUCGCCAGCAUCGCAGCGACUGGAUCGGCUGCCGCUGCCCUCUCCGCCUACACCGACUUCUCGCUCGCCUCGUCCUACAACCCGUCGCCUAUGACUUCCCCUCCCUCCGGCUACGCGCACAAUGCGGCGCAUUCGUCGAUGGCCGCUCAACUGCAGCAAGCGCGACCCGCAGCGCAGUCUGCUCCGACGCCCGCCCAGCCCGUUCUCGUCGAAGACCCGUUCGCCGCCUUACUCAGCGGCGUCAGCCCGACCAUUUUCGAAGGCGGACAGGGCUUCUUCAGCCUCGACGGCGAGUUUGACUGGCCGACGAUGAGCGGAGCGAGCGCGGCGGACGGGUUCGGCGGGUCAGGAUACGGCGGCAUGCAGUUCUAG